CCAUUUUUGAAAACAACACCUUCACGAAUUACAUGUAUAUUGCUGUAAACUUUGAUCGUGAUUUCGUGGCAAAAAGGUGUAAUCCGACGUAGGUAUUUUAUCACUACUAAUUGCUGAUGGAAAUUGAUCCAAAUUACGAGUACGAGGCUCCGAAAUGGUUUGAUUUCACGACAAAUUUCCAGGGCGAAGUCAACGAUAAUUUGAGGUGAGAAAUUUUAAACGCAAAAAUCUAAUCAAACAUUCUGAGCCUACUAAAUCUUAAGCUUAGAAAGGUUGCAGCUACCCUUUUUCAACCAUAUGUUUGUAUGCUGAAUUUUGUUUAAAAAGACAUCUUGAACCUUUCGGUCUAAGUUUAAUCAGUGCUUUUUUUCACAAAAGCUAAGCUAAAAAGUCCAUUGGAACUGUAGCAAUCGAUUUCCUUGCUUGAUUUCAGAGUUAAAGGAAUGAUCACAUUGUCCCAAAUAAAGAAAGUCAAACUUAAAAUUAUCGUCAGUAUUCGAGCCUCCACAUAAUUUCCACGACUUCGGUAAUUUACACACAUGACUGGACAAAAUCUAAGUGGAAACUCUUCAGGAAAACCUUAAUUUCAUUUUUAAAGUGAUGGGAACAAGCCUGCGAACACAGACGUUUUUUCGGUCGUCGCUUCUCUCCAUCCGAUACUAGGUGUAUUUCUAAGAGAGGUGUUGGUAUCAUAAAGAGUCAAUUAUAACCAAGGUGCAAAGAAAAUCAUUUUUACAGCUUGCCAUUCAGGCAAGCUGAAGCUAGCAUUUACUAACCCAGACGUCAUUUCAACUAGCCCCAAAAACUUUUUGACUAGCAGAAUUGAUUUCACAGUUCUUUUGUUAUUCGAAUUUCUCAAAAAUCACCACCUGCCCGUCAGGCAAGUUAAAAACAGAAUUCACUUGCCCGAUAGCAAAAUCCACAAGCCCGGGGUAUCAGACACUACUUUCUUUGCACGCACGUUGAUAAUGUUUACUGAAAAGCCUAUCCCCCCCACCCCUUGACUCAUGAAGCACCUUUUAUGCAGGCUAAUAACUGAAGAACAACAGUAGCUAGUUAUACUAUUAUAGUUGGUCAAGUAAUUGGGAGGUCUCUGUCUUAUAGAGGCAUCCAUUAAGAGAGAACAACUGGAACAAUAACCAACUAUUUUAUUUGCCUAGUUGAAGUUGACAAGAAGUUUAUUACAAUAGAAUAAAUUGACUAGAUAAGGCGAAAAACUACGUAGAAUAGCAAAAGCUAAAUGAGCUGAGAGAGCUGACUGUAAUCAAUUUUUUUUUCAUUUUUCCAGUCUUGAUGAUUCGUGGUUUGAAAGAGUUCACCCAUUACACGAGCCUAGGGAUCCAAGCCACCAUGAUGCUACCUCUAAAUCCUUACUUACCAGCAACCCAGGCACCACAACAGCACCUUGCAUAAAGCCGCAGACCAAGAAUCCAGUCAAGAAAAACUACAACAGUAAAAAGUCUUUAGGGAUUAAGACAGUCCGCACUAAACGAGGGCAACAUGAGAAUGCGAAUCACAGAAGGGAUAGUGGUACAGGGUCAAGAAACAGCCCAUGUCAUACUCAAAAGAAAGAGACAUCAUCAAAGAAAGGUUCAAGGGGGAAAAGUGAAGUUGAUGGAAGACUCACCCCAAGUGAGGUUCAGCAUAGUUUUACACCACCAUGGACAAACUCACCUAUUACUAAACAAGGUAGGGAUUUCAAAGAAUAUACAUCAACCAAUUGUUUGCCUGAUCUUUAGCAAGAAACAAGUCGUGGCACCUUGAUAUCUAGAACAACCAAUAAUGAAAACAUAAGUAGCUGUACAGUUACAACUGUAUGAUUGGUCUUUGGCACAAUCAACCUACUAUAAAUUUACUAACACUUAUAUUGUUGCAAAGAAUUCAAUAAAUUUACCGGAAUUGCUAAAAACUCACCCUAAAAUCUCAGAAUGAUCAAGGACAUAACAAUAGGUUUUGUGUCUUUAAUGCUCCAUUUUCACUUAAAAAUGAUGGUAUUCAAGAUGCCCAUCCAGUUUUCAUAUUGCUUAAAAAGGUGAUGUUACAUGGAACAAUUUGGAACAACAAUUUUUAGUGCAAUAUAUGCAAUGUUUCAACAUGAUUGCAACAUUGUUUCGAAUAGCUGCAACAUUGUUCCAACAUUGCAAUGCUGUGUUCUGCUGAAAAUUGUUGUUGAAAAUCGUCCCUUGUAAUAUUGAUCACCUUAAAGCAUUUGUGCAAUAAAAUAUUGGUUGUGAACAAAAGGGAGAAUAGGACAUUGGAUUAGGUGUUGAAUUAGGGUCUUAUCUCACACCAGUUAUGGUGAGUUGUGUAAUUAAACGUACUGUACAUGUUGUGACGGACACAUUCUCCCACCUCUUUGUUAUUUUGUUUUUAAAUACUUAAUCAGUUUAUUUUAUUUUUUUCAGCGGAGAUAACACAAACAAACAAAGUGGAAGGGAAAAGUGGUAGCUUAGGUGAAUUAGCUGAUUUUUCACCACAGCGUGUUCCUGUACCUCAAUCUCCGCUGUCUUCUGUCCGUAUCAGAGGCCUCAAGAGUUCAUCCAUGUCACCUUGUUCUCCAAAGACUUCAAUGUUGUCAAAAGCUGUAACUGGGAAUGUUCAGAGAGCUGGCAGGAAGAGAAGACUGCUGCCUUCAGUUCCUGAUAAAAAGAAAAAUCCAUGUGUAUCUGAUAAAAUGACUUUUUCUUCUCCUGGUCACUGUUCUAACCAGUUAGAUAACCAAGGAUACAAGAAAUUAUUAGCUGAAACUUCCUCUGUCAGUAAGAAUUCUGACCCGUUAACAUAUGGAUCUAACCAGGGAUUGCCAAGUUCCUCCCUUAGCAAUAUGGAUGAGAAACCUUUAUUAAGGGAGGAGGUGUUUGAUGGCAACAGCAAGCCACUGCGCACAACAGAGUCAUGUUUGAAAAAGGAAACCGUAAAUCUUGCUCAACAUUGCAGUGAUGAAUUUUAUAGACAAGAGAGGAAUGUGGUCAGUGAGAGAUCCCUGAACACAAUACUUGAAACACAUAAUCAGGCUCUCGCAGCAAUAGAAACUGACAAGGACAGAGCCUUGAGAGGUGAAGAAGUAGCAUUAGCUAAUGACAUGAGUCUAGAGGAAUUGUUAAAACAACAUAACAAGAAAAUAAUUGCUGCCCGAAACCAGUAUGAUGAAAAUGGACGUAAGAUUAGAACUGCAGAACCCAGCUUUUGUCCUGCUCCUUCCAAAAAGUUGACAACUUCACUGAAGUCACCAUCAUCAUCAACAGCAACAGCCUGCAAGAGACCUGUGACCACAAUGCCAAAGCCCACAGCAUGUGCAAAACAAAAGCGACGUUCUUGUGUGGCUGCAGUCAGCAAUUUCCAUGAAUCAGCUAGGUUAAAUGCACCUCCAGUAUCAUCCAAGGCCCAUACAAAUACAAGCAAAAGGGGCAAGGAAACUUUAAAACAACAAACAGCAAAACAGAAACGGCGCUCAUGUGUGGCUUCACUUCAAAAUAGUACACAGACAAACACUGCAGAUAAAGAAUUGCGAGAUUUAAUUGCGCAGCAUAACUCCAGAGUCAGUGCUAAGAGAAUGUAA